GACAUUAAGAGAUGGAUUUGCUAGAAGAAAAGAAGACGGUCCCCUCGAGAAAGGUUUGGUAUAAAUCUACAUUCGAUUAAACAUCUCUUAUCUCCAUAGUCAUAUCAAAUCAACCACGAGUUCAUCAUGCUUCACUUGCCAUAUCCAUUUCCGGUCACUACUCGAGUAAUGGAGUAUAAACCACUUCCAGAAAACUCUACCACAGAGAAGUCCGAGCCCUCCAACACCAUGCAACCACUUGAUAUGGUCGAUAUCGAGAAGAACGCCGCGAUUUCGUCGUCCGGAUAUGGCACAAUCCCAUCAUAUACAAGCAAAGAAGGCGUAUUGAGAGCCCCACAGAAACAAGAUGUUCGAGGCAUUUGGAUCAGUUUUGUGCAGAGCCUGGUUGCUGUUGGGAUGUUCACUGCUAUGGCGGUCACUCUUGUUCUAGUGAUUUUGUAGAUGGGUUGGACUCUUUGCUUAUGUCUUUUGCGGAUGACGGAUUUAGAAUGGCGAUACGAUCCGGCAUUGCUGGCGUGUUUAGGAGCAAGGUAGCAUCAGGAUUCCGUACCGGAGCUUGGAUUUUUCUCACAUUGUUUACAGUAUGAUCUGGCAUGCGCUAUGAAUUAUGACUUUAGAUACCUUUUGAGAUUUGGAAUAAACAGUUUUAUACCCUUUACAUGAUUCUUCAUCUGGU